CGGGAGCGUCGCGCUGUUACGUGUGUAACAUAACAUAGUAAAACGAGGCAUUUGUAGCGUCUGUUUGCAACAAGAAGUUAAGGUUUCUCUCUUUGCCUGAAAUUAUACAUCAACCAAAGCGACAUCAUGUCUGAAACGAAUGGCUACUUGAACGGCCUGACGAAUGGAAAUAAUUCAGAGCCAAUUGGACAACACUGGACGGUUGGACUGCUCAACUCCUCUUGCAGAUACCUGACUGCUGAAACAUUUGGCUACAAAGUGAACGCCAACGGAGUUGGCUUGAAGAAAAAGCAACUCUGGACCCUGGAACCAUAUGGGGACGAUGAUUCCGUCUGUUUGAGGAGUCACUUGGAUAGAUAUUUGAAUGUGGAUCAUUUUGGGAAUGUCACUUGCGAAGCCGAAGAUAAAACAGAGGGCGCCAAAUUUUUCGUGGCUGUCGCCAAUGAUGGUACUGGACGUUGGGCGCUUCGAAAUGCAGUGAGGGGUUAUUUCCUUGGAGCUGCUAACGACAAACUUUUAUGUUCUGCUAAGGUUCCUGGACCCUCUGAACUCUGGACCGUCCAUUUAGCUGCUCGUCCACAAGUGAACAUCCGCAGUGUGGGCCGACGUCGUUACGCCCGUCUUUCCACAGACCACGAAGAAAUCCACGUGGACGCAAACACCCCAUGGGGUGAAGACACCCUCUUUACUUUGGAGUUCCAUGAUGGCAGGUACGCCAUCCACACUUGCAACGACAAAUAUCUGCGCCAUGACGGCCGUCUGUCUGAAUCCCUUGCACCAGAAACUCUCUUCACCCUGGAGUUCCACUCCGGAUAUCUGGCUCUCAGGGACUCUGUCGGAAGGUACAUCGCGCCCUUGGGCAGCCGGGCUGUCCUAAAGACAAGAUCUCAAACCGUUACCAAAGAUGAGCUCUUCUUCCUUGAAGAUUCCGUGCCUCAAGCAGCAUUUGUCGCUUUCAACGGGAAAUACGUGUCUGUAAAGCAAGGUGUAGAUGUUACAGCAAAUCAAGACGAAAUCUCAGAUCAUGAAAUAUUUCAACUUGAAUUUGAUAUGUCAACCAAACGUUGGUGCAUUCGAACGAUGCAAGACAAAUACUGGAGUCUUCAAAGCAGUUCAGGAAUUCAAGCUAAUGCUGACAAAGGGUCUCCUAACAGCCUCUUUUCACUGGAAUGGCAAGAUGAUGGCAGCGUUAGCUUUGUUGCAAACAACGGCAAGUAUGUGGUUGCAAAAAAGAGUGGCCACCUGUAUGCCAACGGGGAGAUAGGGUCCCAGGACGAGGCCCGCUUUUAUUUCUACCUCAUUAACAGACCCAGCUUGGUCCUUAAGUGCGAACAAGGAUUCGUGGGCUACAAGAGUCACUCAAGUCCCAAACUCGAGUGCAACAAAGCCGCCUACGAAACAAUCACGGUCGAGAGGGAUGAAAAAGGACUUUGCUUUUUCAAAGGCUCAAAUGGGAAAUACUGGAAUGUUUGUGAAGAUGGAACAAUCACAGUCGAUUCUGAAGUCAGACAAGGCUUCUUCAUUGAGCUGCGUGAACCAUCGAAGCUGUGCAUCAAAACAUCUCGUGGUAGCUACGUCAUGGCCGACAAAAAUGGCGCCUUCAAAGUGAAUGGAGCCAAUUUCGAUACAGCCACGUGGUGGGAAUAUUAGGAAGGAUUCCAGUGUCAUGUUAUUGGAAGAACAAAUCAUUUUCCGUCCUCGCUGAGUUCUGAAGUUGAAGAAACUAUGUGCAUUUGAAAACAUUCUCUUGUCUUCCACGCAGAGAAUAUAUAGAUAAUUUUCUGUCUUUUGUGUGCUGUAUGAGUUCGUUACCUACUAUAUCAAAGUUCUUCCUUGCUAUGUCUUGUAUCAUCACAUUUCAUUGCGAACGUCUUUUUUAAAUGCUGUUUUCUUAUGAAGAUAAGUCUUAAACCAUAGGAAUUUCUGGAAAAUGAACCGAUUAAAAAUAUCGUUCGCCAAUAAUAGUAAUCCGCUGAGAAUGCUAAUGACAUAAACUUCUUUUUGUUGCAUAUGUCAUCUACUCAAGAACUUGCAUUACGUAUUUGAGAUUCUCCUUAAAAAAUGCGUCAGAGCUAUGAAUUGCUGACUGGUUUAUUUAGAGUAUUUAAAAUCAGGAGUGCCCACCUAAGGAAAGGGGUCAUGGCGCAGACUGCGCCAUUGAAAUUUUUAGGGGGGUGUUUUUAGGGGUAUGUUUCUCUUUACGAUACUUAGGGGGUGCGCCCUUGCUCUUAGGGGGGGCACCCCUCGUUGAAAUGGAAUAAAAACGCAUUGUAUGGAUUUUUAAUGCCCGCUGUCAUUCAAAAUUAAAUAUAGUACCAAUCGGUAACAGUACGCCUUUACCACUCAAAUCCAUAAUUUAACACCAGUUUGAUCAAGCACGAGUUUCUUUUUUUUUUUUUUUUUCCAUAAUGAAACAACUCCCCUUUUACGGUUAUUCACUUCCGUUAUUGAUGAAAUUAAAAUUUCGUCCUAAGAAUUUCUUGCACUAGUUGAUGGAAUGUGUGAACAUUUACCAUAUAAUCUGUUGAGAGCAAAAGGAGGUAUGAGUCAAAUUUUUUAUUAUUUGUUUUUACACCAUAUCAAUAAAUUAAUUUCAACUUCAUUCUACUUCAUACGAAAGUGGUGUACGUCUAGGUGCACCCAUUUCCAGACAGUAGUAGUGUUUUGGAACAUUAGUAGUGUUUUGUGCAAAAGUGACUAUAGUCAGGCACUGGUAAUAAAAUAUUUAACCUUUGAUGAGCUCCUCUUUGUUUGAGUUGAAAACGAAGAAAUUCUUAGAAUGACGCAACGCCAACAAUCGUUGUCAGCAACUCCUGUUUCCUAUCUUAGCAAAUGAAAACGUUUAAACUUCAACUGAUCAGAUAUUACCGUAUCAAAGCCAGACUAUAAUUAACCAUUCAGUUGAGGACUAAUUUAUCAAGAGGGAAAAUAUCCAUUUUCCUCGAAUAUUCAGGGGAUGGAAAAAAAAUAAACAAAAAAAUAGGAUAAUAGCAAAGUACUGUUUUUAUAUUUUCUGGGUACAUAAUUGAGUACAAGGGAACAUCAGAUUUUGUCCCAGAAAUUUUCGUAUUAAAUAAAAUCAAGGAGCUAUCGCCGUUUUUAUUUUGGACAUGUGUUGCUUUGAUCAAAAACUAGAGUGUUGAUCGCUCCAAUUUCAACGAAACCCUAAUAUAUCAGAUCCUCAUAUCGAAGUACUUGAACCUAAACUAGUGGAUUAAAACCCGGAGAUUUUGAACAUGAUAAGUUUUUGUUCAAGAGUUUCAAUCGUGUUCUCUUUUGUUCGGAAUGAAAAUUGUUUGGGACGGAUUUGCUACUUUUCGAUUGAAAAGUCAAACUUUACCCUUUUAUAAACUAGGUUUUCUGCCGCUUGGACUUCUGGGGACUAGGGCCUCUAGUAGGGGCUUCGAUUAAGGCCAUCUGAAAGACACAGAAAAUGCCAAAAAAAAAGCGAGUUUCUCUAAAAGAUGGAUAUGUUGAUGCCCUCUUUUGAUAGGUUAUUAAGAUCAAAAUCUUCUUUUAGCAACUUACCCCACUUUUGCUCUCAACGGCUCACGUAUAGAUAAUUGUUCUAAUACGAGUGUUUACGAAAUGAAAUUUACAUCCAUUUUUAUUAUUCACUUUUCUGCGACUACUCAUGAAACUAUUUAAAAUGAUGCAAAAAAUCGUCCUAAGAACUUGUUCCGUUAGUUGAUUGUGUGAAAUAUUUAUAUAUAUAAUAUAUAUUUUUAUGUAGUUACUCGAAUGACCACUUUCAUACCUUAUACACUGAAAUAUGUUUGUGAUAUUUUUGUAUAAUUGUACUAGAAGAUAUAUAUAUUUAGCUUUUUGGAUGAUGUAUAAGCUUGCCACUUUUUGAACAUUUUGUACAUUUUUGAAAACAUAUUGCUGAGCAAUUUAUGUAUCUGUGAGUGCUUGCUUGUCAUCUAUGUGCAUAUUUUGUACCUAGCAGUAUUUUGACUAAGAAUAAAUAUAAAUAUGCUUUA